AGCCAUAGGCCAAGCUGGGCCAAGCCGAGCACUCCAAAGAACAGAGGAACUAGAGCAACUUUGGCAACUUCAAUUUUACGAUCAGUCAAGGGUCAGUCGUGAUUUGAGUAGUAUUGUUGCAGUGCUGAGCUUGGUGGAACUAUCUAGCCAUGUCGUCAACCAGAAUCCUCUACUUCGCCUACGGCAGCAACAUGUGGUCCCAUCGAAUGCACAUCAGAAAUAGCAGGGCUGGGUUCGUCGGUGUCGGAAAGCUAAAUGGAUAUAGACUCACCUUCGUGGGGGACUCUGAAGCAUGGAGAGGGGCAACCGCCACAAUCGCCCCUGCUGAUACGGCCUGCUGUGUUCAGGGUGUCGUAUGGAGCCUGCCUCAUGAAGAUGUCCCAAUAUUGGACGAGCAAGAAAGUGGCUACAAUGGUAUGGACGUCAAGGUGGAGCUCCCAUCUGGCGAGAAAAAGUCCUGUCGAACGUAUAUACAUAAAGAGCCCAAGGUGGAUGAGUCCAAGCCGUCGGCGGUAUACAAAAGAAUUAUAAUUGCUGGAGCUCUGGAGCACAAGUUGCCAGGCGACUACGUGCAGAAUCUCCUGAAGCUGCAAGACAAUGGUUGUUGCAAUGGCAUUGCUAUACCGGUGGACAUAUCGAAGCUCCACAAGGAACUCGGCGGGAAGAUUAGUGUAUAAGAAUUACUUUGUGUGGCUUCAAGAAUAUAAGGCACCUUUUAUUAAAAUGGGUAUGUUUCCAAAAUCAAAGACCAACAAAGCAUGUAUAAGCUUU